AUGGUACAUAGCAGCAUUAUUGAAAUUGAGCCUAAAAGAUCACAGUCAAUGUUAUUUGAUAUCGAAUCUGAGAAAAAUACUUCUAAUUGCCGUCUCUGUAAAUUACCUUUAGAUUUAUGCAAACACCAGAAAUCACAUAAAAAAAAUCACGAAAAAUUGUAUAAACCUAUGAACUCACAAUCCACAUUUUCUGAAGGAUUACACUUAACUAAGCAUACCAAGACACCUGAACAGAAAAAAACUUUUGAUUGCAAACCUUUUGAAUGCAGUCUCUGCAGAUCAACAUUUCCUACAUUAUCAGAACUAGAAAGUCAUUCAACAUCUCACAUCUAUAAUGAUUCAUUUCAAUGCCAUCUUUGUGAUGCAAGUUUUAUAUCAAAAUCACUUUUAGAUACUCAUAUGUUAUCUCAUGCUGGAAAUAGAACAUUUCAGUGCCAUCAUUGUUUAGCAACAUACGUCCAAAGGAAAAGUUACAUUUACCAUUUAAAAACUCACAAAGAUCAUGAAAUGUAUAAAUGUGUAGAUUUUGUAAGACUUACAUUUUUCCAAAAAUCUGCCUUUAUGUCUCAUAUGAAAAUGCAUCCUAAAAACAAUCCUUAUAAAUGUAGUGUAUGUGGUAUUUCAUAUCUACAAAAAACUGACAUGAUUAAACAUGAAAAGACUCAUAUGAUUGAAAAGGCUUUACUGAUUUGUAAAGUAUGUAAUCAAUCUUUUCCUUCAAAAAUAAAACGUAUUAAUCAUGAAAGAAAAUUUCACACUGAAGCAGCAUAUUACUGUAUAAUCUGUUAUAAAUUGUUUUUUGAAAAAAAGGAAAUAUCACUACAUAUUAAAUUGCAUAUGAAGAACAUGCCAUCUAAAUGUUUGGGUUGUAAAGAACCAUUGUUACAAGUACCUGUUUCGGCUAAAGUAUUAAGAGAGAUAAUUCUAAAUAAAAAAAAUAUAUGUGACGUGUGUUCUGUCAUCUUCUAA